AUGUGCGGCGUGACUAUAUAAUUGUUCAUAUAUUAUUGGAGCUAAUAAAGUACGUGAAAAGAAAAAUAUUGAUUGCAUUUGCAGUUGGCGUGUUGUUAUUUGUGUACUGUAGACGGAAAUGAACAUCCCUGAUUGUGGAGCUUGUGAAACAGAUCUAGCAGUGAACCUUGUGUGUGAUGUUAAUAAUGAGUACGUAUAUCCUCAUCACAUACGUAAAUAGUGCCACAGCUGUUUGUGAAAUGUUGCAGUAGUUACCAUCGUGGGAAACUUUCAUUGCUACCAUCGCUUUCAUUCGCUACCUAUUCCCCGAGGAAGCACACAGGACCCUAUUGCCACUUUACACUGCGGGUAUCAUACCAAAUGGCAUGAACUUACAUCUCAACCAUGAGCAGGUAUUCAGGUGAUUCAUUCCGCUGGAGACGUGGGUCUGGAGGGAGGAAUAACGAUGCAGCAGGUCACAGUGGACAUCACUGGCCUCCAGGUGGACCUGGGAAUCAAGGAUAUCCCAAUCAUAAGUUUUCUUUGUUGCCUGAUCCAUAUAUGAGCUUUGAACAACAGCCAACAUGGACACCAAAUUCGCUUAUGCCAUGGUUACAGCAGGAAUCAUGGGGGUGGCAACAAGUACCCCAAGCCACAGGAUUUGUGCCUGGUGGUGCUAAUUUUUCAAAACUGCCACCAAAGACACACACUGAGCAACAGAAGCAACAACAGUUGAAUCGUCAAAAGCAACAGAAGCAACCUAAAAGUCAAAAGCACAAUAAGCAACAGCAGAACCUUCACCACCACCACAACCAACAGCAGCAGCAGCAGCAACAGCAACAAAAGCAACAGCAACAAAAGCAACAGCAACAAAAGCAACAACAAAAGAAGCAGCAACAACAAGAACUACAACAGCAGCAGCAACAACAACAGCAGCAGCAAAAACAGCAACAGCAGCAAACGAAAGCAAAUGUUGAAAAGAAAGCAGGAGGGAAUCAGUUACAAAAAAUUGAAAGCCGACAAAAACCAAAUCCACCUCCCGGAUCAGAAGAGGCUAGGCGAAAGGCCCUUGAAUCCACAACUGAUAAGCUCAAACGUUGCUUAAGUAGCAUGGGACAGGAGCGCACUGAGGUGCUAGAGACACUGCUUGAUGAAGCAGCUAGCGCAGCAGGCAUUGCCAAGGUAGUGACACAAGAGGGGGGCCACAGUGAAGGCAUUGGACCCAUGCUUCCAGCAGCACCACCAGAGCCAGAGAUCCGGCUAUCCCCUGCAGACUGGCGUCGUAUUGCAUUGUCCUCGCAGAAGACUCCUGCUACGGUAGAAGAAGACGAUGUGGUGUUUGUUAAUGCCCCUCCACCUGAGAUGGUUGCAAUAGAAGAUUCUUCUGAUGAUGAAUCACACACUGGAAAAACUGUUGGUUCUUCAGACAGUAAGGAGGAAAAGAAAGAAAAUAUGAGUGCAAUAUGUAAACCUGAGCCAGGCAUAGACCCUACAACAGGUGAAGAUUGUGAAUCCCACACAAAUUUGGAGGACAAUACUAGUAAUGAAUUGCAACCAGAAGAUCAAACAAAUGUUUUGAAUGUGAAUGUGGAUGCUGUGGCUGUAGAUGUAUGUCAGAAACAAGCAAAUAAUUCUGUCACACUGGAUAAUAAAGUUGGGUCGAAGCCUGUGGAUCAUGUAGAGCCAAUAAAGGACAUUUUGCAUGAUAAAGAACCGUCUGGAUAUUGUGAAACAGGGACAGACAAAGAGAUGAGUAAAAAUGUCUGUGAGCUCAAAAAAGAAAUGUCACAGUCAGUGUUUGUAAAUACAGAGAAUUCAGAGGCAACUGACAAUACAAUUACUAAUUUGGAAGAUUCUGCCAUUCGAAAAGCUCAAAAUACUACACCGAUGGAACGUACAAGACAUUCUUCAGAAUCUUGCUCAACAAUGCCUGCACAUCCUCGUACACGUUCAGCUUCCCUUCAGUCUCCACCACCACUUCCUACAACAACAGAGCCUCGUGUCCAAAGUGACUCUGUUGAUACUUUAAAACGAAAUGUCAUGCGAAAACUCUUAACAUGCUUUAUGCCAUCUCGUAAAUGA